UCCUGCGUGCAGUUUUGACACUAAAAUGAUUAGCUUUUUAUGCCUACAGGCCCAUUUCGCGACGCGGUAACGUUAUUUAUGUCGUGGUUAUGGAAGGACGACGUUGUGUGGAGACUUUGGCACACUUUGGCUGUUGCUGGACUCCCGGUUCGCCGAUCUUCAGGCGUGUUUUCGGGACAGAUGUUCUGCUCUGCCUCAGCAGCAGCGACCAGCUCCACGUUUUCAGCCUACAAGAGAGAAAACUCAAGGCGGUUCUGCUCUUUCCCAGUUCUGUGUCUGAUCUGGUUUGGAGUCACGAUAAACGUUUGAUGUAUGUCGCCUGUAAAAGCGGAGUUUACUGUGUCCAGUUACAGUCUCUGCUGUCCAGGUUCCAAAGCUCCUCAGAUGAUGCUUCAUCAGGACCAGCUGAGCUGAAGAUCUCCUCUGAGGGUCUUGCUGUUGGAGAAGACGUGUUGGCGUUGAUCGUGGCUAGCUCCAUGCUGUUAACUGUGUCGCAGAGAGACGCCGUCUGGUUGUUGAGUGUGUACAAGACGUCAGAAGAGUCUGGCAACUGUGAGAGUCUCUGUGAAUUCAGCCUGCCGUUGGUCUCAGCUGCUUUGCAAGACAGCAAUGGGCAGAACCAGAACAGAGGACUGAGGAAGCCUGUGUUGGUUUGCAUCCAUUGUUCCGAUCAAUCGACGCCAUUUUCCUCCUCUUCCUCUUCUUCAAAUGUGACAUUAACUGACUUGCAUAUCCACCUCAAGCCCCUCCUUUUCAAAUUAGUAUUUGGGAUUGACGCUGCUCUCGCCAAAUCACCUGUAAUUAUGUGCGGACUCCCUGACGGACGCUUGUGCUUCUUUCCUUUACGCCUUCCGGGGUCACAGCUCCGAGUCUUGCACAGCCUGGAGCAGCCAGUCAUCUUCAUUGGUGCAUCUGCUCUCAUGGAAACUGGCCUCCAGCCUGCACAGUAUUUGGUGGCAGUGGGUGAACUGGGUCGGGUGGUGCUGAUCAGCACCUCCAAGGCCGGCCUAGAGGGAACGGACAACGUGGCAGGUUUGACUGAGGGAUGUGUCCCAGGACCUGUGGCAUGUGGCUGUGUGGAUGAACGCCGUCUUUUUUAUAGCACUGGUUCAGAUCUUCUGGUUCUGGAUCUAGCUGCUGGGAGCGAUAAGGAUUUGGGUUCCAGUAAAUUGGCAGCAGUACUUCAGAGCAUCACUAGCUUAAAUGUGUGCAGAGUCAUCGCUUUGGCUGCAGAUACGCACAACGUUGGAGCAGAUGAAGUCCAGCUGGUGGCGCUGUCUGCCAGAGGCCAGCUCCAAAGGCUUACCCUGCCUAUAAGGAGAGAAGACAAAGGGUUGCCCGUCCUCCCCUCCACGCAGCAGGGCCGAAGCAUCAAGGACCUUCUAUCUUCUAUUGGAGAUGUUUGUGAAAGAGCUUCAGCUUUGAAAAGCACCAUUAAAUCCAAAAACCAGACUCUCAGGAUCCUGAAUCAGGUGCUCAACAUCAGCUAUCUGCUGCUAUCUGGUCCCCAUGGUGACCAACAGCCUCUCAGCCAGCAGAAGCCAAUCAGAUGUUACGCUGUGACCUCGUGGAACAGAUUGCUUCAGAAAGACUCUUUGAACCUGACAUGCGUGCUGGAUAAUAAGAGUCCUUAUGUUCUGGAUGGAGGCUGGACGCUGAGUCUCACUGUCUUUCCGCUGUCCCACUCUCACAAUGCAGGACACGGAAGCACCUCCAGGAAUUUUUCAUUCCCGUUUGCCAGUCUUCCUUCAGGUGAGAAGUUUGAGGUUUCUUUACCGCUGGCUGUUGUAGGUGACGUGUCCUUCCCCUUUACCAUGAGCUGCUUGCUCAUUUUCUCGCUGACAAGUCUCGUGGGAGAAGAGGAGGUGCUGUGUCUCCCCGGCUCACAGGGCGGGUUCAUCAGUUUGCCCUUAAACACGCUAACGGUGGAUUGGAUGGAUGCCCUGCAGGUGAGCAGAGCUGCAGCUACCCACACGACAGAAAGCUUCCAACCGCAGGACACCACAGUGGCAGGAGACAUCCGAGCUUUUGUGAGCUCGCGCCGCUUUCCACGCACCGGAAAGAGACGGGAAGUACAGGGGAGUUCUUCGAACUCUGAGCAAGAGCAGUAUUCAGCAAACAUACGGGUGUCAUCUGAGUUACUGCAAGAUACUCUGGGGUUUAACGGGUUAGGUUUCGACCCCAAAGGGCUAACAAAGUCAGCUUCUCCAAAUUUGUGCUCAUCUCUGUUGAAGUGGUUGUUAUCUGAAGGUCCUGGAGGAGGGAAGAUGGAGCACCAAGGUGGCAAGAUCUCCCUGAAUGGCUCAGAGGUCCGAGCUCGAGCUCCAAAUGGCCACCGAGUAAAACUCACUGCGAAAGAGGUAAUUGUCGGAGAACAGGAGUCCCUGGAUGCAGUGGAGAUUCAGCUUGAGAGCUCGUCUGUGUCUGCUGUUUGCGGGAUGCAUCACGCUGUGCUGUGCCGGCUGCAGAGUUUGUUGCAGAACGCUCCUGAGAAGAGUGAUUCCACAAAGAGUUUGCAGAGUUUAGCUGUAAGAUGCGCAGUACAGCGGGCUGAACGUUUGUUACAGCAAAUCCAGCAAAGUCGUGUCACGGAGGCGUUUGACACGGACAUGCCCUCGAGCCAGAUGACUCGAUCUCUUUUCAGCGUCUACCGAGAGCUCAGAGAAAAUCCUCUCCUCAUAAUUUAAUGUUGCUCUCAGCGGUCCAGGUUCCUUUAAGAGCCAGUCACAGUUCCACAAGUGCCGGAGAACAGUCGCUUCUUUCCUCCUUCACCUCAGCGGGCACCCGCCUGAGAAGAAACUCUCCUGACAACCUGAAUCAAAAACCGCUGGGGACAAGUGAGUAAAUGUGUGGAUGGUGGCUCCGGGACAGGACCAGCUGAAAGAACGGAAUUCGUAACUAUAUUUGUUGUAUGUUGUUUACUGGUGAAAAUCAGACAUUGCAAAAAAUAAAAGCCACACAUGGCAAUUUAUUUUUAAUACUCCUUUAAGAAAAUUGAAAUAAGAAGCACUGAAAAAAGAACAGAGGAAAAGAAAUGAGCUACUUUCUGUUGCAGUCUGAAAGUAAUCCUUUCUGAAAUAUACUCAGUUACAAACUGCUAAUGUUUCUACAAGUAACUGUAUCAUCUAAUAAGCCCAGACACAAUAAAUCCUUUCAAGGCUUGUCCGAGCACGCAGUGCUGUUUAAAUGACAGGGACAGAUACCAGGGCAAACCAUGACACUGGGCACAAAAGGGCUGGAUUAACCCGCACGGAAUGUCAACCAAUCAAGAGUAGCACUGGUCCUUUAAAGUGAAAUGUAUCUGUACACAGUGCUAUGGUAUUGGAUGUGCCAGCCACCAAAGCUCCCUGAGGUGAAGUAAUAAGAUUAAGUUUUAUAUUUUUCCACGCUUGUUGUCAUGAUUUAGAGAACAAGGGUGCUGAGCGUAUAUUAAAAAUAUAUACUGCGUUAGGUGGAAAUUG